AUGAGCCCUGGAAGGAAAAGGGGUGUAAAAGGGGAUCGGACACCUAUAGGAAAAAUCCUGGAGAAACAACUAGCCAAGGCCAGGAAUGAGGAUGUGGGGAACUUCCCCAGAAUCUAUUUCCCUCUGAAUGUGGGAGAAGAGUCAGAGGAACGCGCUGGCAAGAGGCAGGGCGACGACGACGACGACGACAACAACAACAUCUCAGAAUACAAAUCUGUCACGAGGCCGCGGCCCGAGGCGUCGCAGCGACCCCUGGGGCCUGGAGACGGGCCCGACCCGGCGGUGAGGCGGCCGGCAGGACGCUUCGCUCGGCCCUGGGCGCCCCGCGGGUCUCGAGCCUCUGACGGAGGCCCCAGGGCCGCGGCCUGCCGGGAGCCUGGGCCGCGCGGUGCGCAGCGCCCCCUGCCGGGCGCCCCCUCACGCAGCGCGGGCCCGCGGCGGCGGCGGGAGCAGCAAAGCCCGGUCGGUGGCCCCGCCCUCGAGGGCACUCGCGACCCCCUCUUCCCUGCAGAGCGCGCGGUGUCCAGGUCGCGGCCUGGCUCCCCUGGAGGAAUCGCUCAUAACCUGACCACGUCGCGGGAGGACCAGCAAACUAAGGCGUUUUCCCCGCUUUCGAAAGACGUCGCCCCCACGGAAGCAAAGCCUCGCCGUCCGUGGGCGGCGGGGUGGAGGCCGCGACCCGGGGCCGAGAAAUCCAAGAAACGGGAACACUCGCACCUCAACGCCUGCCCGGCCGGGGCGGGCCUGUCGGAAAACUCAGACGAACCUGGCGCGUGGGCUCCUGUCGCCUGCUCCUUGGCUCUUCGGAGCCAGGCGCGCGCGUGGCACAAUUAUGAGGUGACUCUCCCUCCCUCAGAGGUCCGCGACCUGAAGCCGUGGGCACUUGGGGAGGCAGGAGGCCUGCAAGACCUGAGCAGAGGCGCUCCCGGGGAAGGCUGCCCCCUCGCCGUGUCGUGUGCAAGCGUUUGCGGCCAGCUCUGGGGAUCCAGUGACCCACAGCCCGAGCCUCCGGGACUUUCCUGGCGGCCGGAGAAUCAAGGCAGCAGCGUGGUGAGGCCCUACUAUGCCAGGCGGCAGGCUAAGUGCCUUUUCUUUCCUCAUCUAGUCCUCACCAGGGCCCUAGAAGAGCCGGCACUCUGCUUAGUCAGCCCUGCUUUACACAAGUGGAAACUGAGGCCCAGAGAGUUUAAGCAGCCUGAGGUUUUAUUUAUUUAUUCAUGAGAAACACAGAGAGGCAGAGACAUGGCAGAAGGAGAAGCAGGCUCCAUGCAGGGAGCCCGAUGUGGGACUCGAUCCCAGGACUCCAGGAUCACGACCUGAACCGAAGGCAGACGCUCAAUCACGGAGCCACCCAGGCGCCGCAGGACUCCAGGGUUCUGCAGAUAUAGCUGGAGGGUUAUCAAUUUCACAUUAAAAACAAAAACAAACAAAUGUAUUAAUUUUGGCAUGCACUUUUAUGAGAAAUAGUAAACAGAUAGUAUCUGUGGAGUCUCUUGCCCUCUGGUAAAAACUUUUGGACAGUUACAAAGUUUGAGGUUUCUGAGAGGCAGCGUGACCUGCCCAGUACCCAGAGUGACAUGUUGACCAAAGCCGUCCCACACAGCCCAAGUUCACUUCUACCAACAGCAGCGCUACUGUCCCUAUUGGGCCAACCAGCCCUGAAAGCAAAGAGCAAGUAGUGCCAGGUUUACAUAUAGAGGCUGUGAGGAGUGCAGGAGGGAGGAAGGCGAGAGAGGAGUGAAUCCUGGAGCCCAGGAUUAUUCAUGAGAGACAUAGAGGCAGAGACACAGGCAGCGGGAGAAGCAGGCUCCAUGUAGGGAGCCCGACGUGGGACUCGAUCCUGGGUCUCCAGGAUCAGUCCCUGGGCUGAAGGCAGCGCUAAACCGCUGAGCCACCCGGACUGCCCGAGCCCAGGCCUCCUGUGGAAGCAGGGCACCAAGGGCCCUCCGGCCUCUUUCUCCCUGGCCUCCUGAGAAGGCCCAUCCUCCCCCUGCGGCCCCGCUGGCACUCUGGGUGGCACAGGCCUCAAGCCUUCAGACAAAGGCCUUCUGUCUAGGAGGUGCUGGGAAACGCCACACAACACAACACAUUUCUUUCUAAAUUGAUUGUUUUUCCUAAAAGCUAUCUAAGUCCUGGAAAGCCAUUUCCAUGAGCUGAUUUUAAAAUACCUUAUUAUGGUAUGUGAAAAACCGUCAACAGCCUGAGUGUCUAGCAUUAGGGGAAUGGCGAAGGACAGGCUGGGGUAUUCCAUGACGUCCAUGGGAGUUCAUGAACACACACAGAGAAGUGCCCUAAAGUAAAGGAAGGCUUGGGUGGGGCUCUAACAGAAAAGCAGAGAAAGAAGCUGCAGGCAGAAGUGUCUUCUGGUGGCAUCUGAUCAGCAUUGAGCCUAAGGGUGUGAUGCAGUAGUGGCGGAUACAUGGUCUUUUGCAUUUGUCAAAACCCACGGAACUGUAUAACACAACGAUAAACCUUAAUAUAAAAAAGGGAUUUCAGCUAAUAAUAGUGUUUAGGGGCACCUGGGUGGCUCAGCCGGUUAGGCAGCUGCCUUCGGCUCAGGUCAUGAUCUCAGAGUCCUGGGAUCGAGCCCCAACAUCGGGCUCCUUGCUCAGCAGGGAGUCUGCUUCUCCUUCUCCCCCUUUCCCUGCUCAUGCUCUCUCUCGCUCACUCUCUCUCUCAGAAAAAUAAGUAAAAUCUUUUUUUUAAAGAGCGUUUAAAUAUUGGCUCAUCACUUAUAACAGCUGUGCCACCUAAUGCAGGAUAUUAAUAACAGGGCAAGGUGUGUGCAGGGAAGGAGUUUAUAUGGGAAGUAUUUGUAAUAUCUGUCCAAUUUUUCUGUGAACCUAAAACGGUUCUAAAGAAUGAAGUCUUUUACUUUUGUUAACAAACUAAAAAUAAAUGAAUGAAAAACCAGAAGGAAAUAAUCAAAAUGCUAACAGUCCUGGUUUUUGGAUGAUGAGAUUAUGACUAAUUUCUUUUUUUGUUUUUACUCUUCAAAUUUUCUACAUUCUUGUUUUGUCUGUUUUUCCUUAUGCAUCACUUUGCCAACCAGGUAAAACAAAUGUACAGUUUUUAAAAUCUUGCCUGGGGGGCAGCCCGGGUGGCUCAGCGGUUUAGCGCCACCUUCGGCCCAGGGCUUGAUCCUGGAGUCCCCGGAUUGAGUCCCACGUCGGGCUCCCUGCAUGGAUCCUGCUUCUCCCUCUGCCUGAGUCUCUGCGCCCACCCCCCCCCCUCUGUCUCUCAUGAAUCAAUAAAUAAAAUCUUUUAAAAAAAAUCCAGCUACCCUACUGGAGAGUCCAUGUGGGGAUCACAUGGAGAGGGAGAUGAGCCCAAAUGAGCCCAGCCUUCCAGCCACCCCUGCCAAAGAAGCAGACAAAUACAUGGAGCCAUACUGAACUAUCCAGGUCAGAUCAGCCACCAUCUGGAUGUCCUGAAGGAAGGACCUCAGUUGACUCCACAUAGAGAAUCACUCAGCUAAGCCCUGCCUAAAUUCCCAACUCAAAAAAUCGUGAAAUACGAUAAAAUGGUUGAUUCAGUCACUAAGCUUUGGGGUAGUUCAUUAUGAAAUAAUAGAUCACUAGAACAGCUCUUAAUAAAUGUUUGUUGCACUACAAAAAAAAAUAAAUGUUUGUUGCUGGAUGGAUGGAUGGAUGGAUGGACGGACAGAUGGAUGAAGGACCAUUGUAUUUCCUAGAGAAAUGAUGCCCAGAGAGCUAAAGAAAGUUGUCAAAGCUACCACGGUGCACGUUUGUCAUUCACCCUCCUCCAGGAUCUGAACCUCCUUCUUUUGGAGAAUCCCCUCCCAUCUGAAUGUGGCUGGAAUACAAGAGUCUAGGUCGGAAGUAGGUUACUUCAUUUGUUAACUACAUCCAGGACUGCUGUGAGAAGUCUGCUGUCAUCUGACUCUUGCUCCUUUAAAAGAUGGUUUCUUUCUCUCUAGCAGCUUUUGGACUUUGCUAUAUGAAACUUAAAUGCUCUAAAAUUUGUCUAGAUAUGGGUUUUUCUGUGUCUCUCUGUGUGGUACACCACAAAUCUAGUCAAUCUGAGAACUUUUGAAGUUCUUUAAUUCUGGGAAAUGUACCUCCAUCAUUUCCCCAAACAUUUCCUGUAUUUGGUUUUUAGUUUUCUCUUUCUCUGGGACUUCUGUGAUCUGGAUGUUAGCGUCUCUACUUCUUUCCUCUUUAUAUCUUAAUUUUCUUUUUAUAUUAUUGUCUCUUUCUCCUUUCUUGUUCCCUUCUGGGAAAGUUCCCUUAACCUUAUCUAGUUCAUCCUUCAACCAUAUUUAUCCUACUAAUUAUCUUAUAUAUUGUGUUCUUUAUUUCAACUAUUGUAUUUUAAUACUUACUAGUUCCACUUAAUUCUUCCUAUGAUCUCCUAUGCUAGUUUCAAGUUACUAAUAUAGGGGCACCUGGAUGGCUCACUGGUUGAGCAUCUGCCUUGGGCUCAGGUCAUGAUCCCGGAGUCCUGGGAUCAAGUCCCACAUUGGGCUCCCCACUGAGAGCCUGCUUCUCCCUCCGCUUAUGUCUCUGCCUUUCUCUGUCUCUCAGGAAUAAAUAAAGUCUAAAAAAAAAUCAUUUAUAUAUUCUCAUUUUCUUUAGGAUAUUUAUCUCAAGCUCAUUUUAUAUCCUCAUUCUGUUCAUUCUAAUAUUUUUGCUUGCACAGUACGUAUUCUCCAAUUUGGGGUACUUUCUGUCCUUUGAGCCUGUACUGAAAGGGGGAAUCAGCUCCUCUCUGAUACUGCACAUUAGAAAAAGAGUUUAAGGAAA